UCUCCCCAAGAUUUGUUCUAUAGUUUUUGCUAAAUUAAGUAACAUAUUCUUCAACAUUGUAAUUAAUCCAAGUGAUUUUGAAUCAACUAGAAUUAAGGCUUGGAAUUAACUAGCAUAUGGAGUACUUGGAGAAGGCAAAAACCAUUCGUCUCAAAACGCACAAUGGCAAAUACCUCAUAGCAAGCAAUGAUGAGAAAUAUAUACGCCAAAACCGUGAUGGCUCAACAGUAAAUGCACUUUGGUCUGUCGAGUUCUUGGAUGGUCAACACUAUCUGCGCCUUAAAAGUUGUUAUGGAAAGUACUUGACAGCUUCAAAUGUUCCAUUACUUCCUAAGGUAACAGCAUCAAGAAAAGUCAUGCAAACUUUGCCUAAAAAACUCUGUUCCGCAACAGAAUGGGAGGCUGAACAAGAUGGAUCGUCAUACCAAAUUCGCCUAAAGACGCGAUAUGGCCAUUUCCUGAGACCCUUUGGAGGAAUACCACCAUGGAGGAACAUUGUCAUCCAUGAUGUUCCUCAUAGGAAAAAAGCAACUCUAUGGGAAAUCGAAAUUAUGGAGACUCAUAAAAUUGUUCAACCUGCACCUUCAAAUUUCGCCCAAAUUACCAAAGCAUUCUCUUGUAACUUUACUGAGCCCAUAUGAACGAAUGAGAUAUAUAUAUAUAAUUCAAAUUUCUGGGAAAUUUUCAUUUCAUCAAUAACUUAAAAAUCAAUGCAGGGUUUUGGU